AUGAGCUAUUUUUAUGAGGGACUUACACCUAGCGAGCUCCAAUUUGUGGAGAUGAUGUGUAAUGGUGAGUUCUUACAGAAAGAUCAUGAUGAGGCCAUAGAAUACCUCAAUGAGCUUGCUGAAAAAGCUUACACUUGGAUUGGACCUAGUGCUACGGAAGGCACAAAUAGGUCACGACCUGCAGGAAACCCAAAUGGUGGUGGAAUUUACCAUCUCAGGGAAGAGGAUAGCCUAAAGGCUAGGGUUGAGAUGCUCACUAGGCAGCUAAAUGUGUUAAAGACUAAGAACUUAAAGCCAACACACGUGGCUAAUCAUGCAGAGUCUUUUGGACCAUAUUUUGUGUGUGGUGGGGUUGUUGAAGAAAAUAAUGAGAUAAAGAGUCAAGUAUCUAAGUUGAUGAGAUCCUUGAGUGUGAAUGAGCGUGACAAGUUCCAUUCUCAAGCUCAAUCCAUACCCCAAUGUCAACAUAUGGCUCAAGGAAAUUUAAAGGAGGUCAAUGCCAUUGUGACACAAAGUGGUAAGUCCUCACACAUCCCAACAACUGAUAAGCCAGAUGAUGUUGAUGAGGAACAAAGCAAGGAUAGUGCUGAGUUGCCCAAAGAAACCGAGGUAAUCAAGAGCCCAGUUAAGGUACCAUUCCCUCAAGCUUUAAAAUCAAGCAAGCGAACUUUGGAUCCUAACAAUGAAAUCCUAGAGAAUCUAAGGCAGGUAAAAAUCAAUCUUCCUCUAUUGCAUGUGAUUAAACAAGUUCCUACUUAUAUAAAACUUCUCAAUGAUUUGUGUAUAGUUAAGAGAAAGCACCAUGUGAAGAAGACAGCGUUCCUGAUAGAGCAAGUUAGUGCUCUAAUUGAGCAGCGGAUUCCUCCCAAGUACAAGGAUCCUGGUUGUCCAACCAUUGUAUGCAGCAUUGGAAAUCAUGAGUUUGGGCAAGCUUUGCUAGAUUUAGGAGCUAGUGUGAAUCUAAUGCCAUAUUCUAUUUAUUUGCGGUUGGGGUUGGGAGAAAUCAAACCAACCACUGUAGUAUUGCAAUUGGCUAACCGUUCAGUCAAAGUACACCGGGGUGUGGUAGAGGAUGUUCUAAUUCAAAUUGACAAAUUUUAUUAUCCUGUUGAUUUUCUAAUCCUUGACACUAGCUUUGCUGUUGAUACCACUUCUAAAAUUCCAUUGAUUUUAGGUAGGCAUUUCCUUGCAACUGCUAAUGCUCUUAUUAAUUGUAGAAAUGGGCUUAUGAAACUAUCUUUUGGAAACAUGACUCUCGAGGAUUAUGGCACUCGGGCAUGGAAACUGAAGUUUGAGGAGUUGCCUGAGAAAGGUGAAAAACAAAUUCCUUCAAGUGUGGAAGCACCCAAAGUUAAAUUGAAGCCUCUGCCUAAGGGUUUAAAGCAUGCUUUCCUUGAUCCAAGUGAUACUUUUCCUGUUAUUAUCUCAUCUGAAUUGUCUCAGUCUCAAGGUGUUGUUCUUGGACAGCGAAGGGAGGGGAAGCCUUUUGUUAUUUAUUAUGCUAGUAGAAUUCUAAAUAGUGCUCAGAUGAAUUAUCUCACCACUGAAAAAGAGUUGCUAGCUGUAGUGUUUGCUUUGGAUAAGUUUUGUGCUUACUUGAUUGGUUCUCCUAUUAUUAUUUUCACAGAUCAUGCAGCCCUUAAGUACUUUCUUACAAAGAAGGAUGCUAAGGCACGACUGAUACGGUGGAUUUUACUUUUACAGGAAUUUGACAUCACCAUCAAAGAGAAGAAAGGAGUGGAGAACGUAGUGGUUGACCAUCUCUCGAGGCUCACAUUUGAGGACACAUCUGACCACCUGCCAAUCAGGGAUGAUUUUCCCGAUGAGCAUUUACUUUCUAUUACUUCUCUACCAUGA